UUGGGAACUCGAGCCAAAUAUAAAACGCAUCAUUCCGGCAUCGAUCGUGCUUUGCGAGGCCAAACUUUUUCAACUGUCUCGAACAGCUGAUUCCCGCACGUGGGAAUUGGCAAUUUUUGAUUAUUCGCUUUAGUUAUGUGUAAAUAAUAAUAAUUUUGUUAACAUUUUAUUCACGAUGGGUAACGCGGACGUAGCCGACAGUGCCAGCGAUAUGGAACAAACGAAAAGUUUUCUGGCUAGUACCCAGAAAGAUGUUGUCGUACCGUCUAGACACGAGGGAGACGAAGAACAAGUACCGGCCGAUGGUGGUACCCGGGCUUGGUUGGUUAUGAUUGGUUCGUUUUUUUGUAACGGGAUUUUGUUUGGAGUUAUCAAUUCUUAUGGUGUUUUGUACGAUGAUUUUUAUCAGAGCUUGAAAGCUCAGGGUGUACCCAAUGCUUCUGGAAAAGCUUCUCUGGCAGGUUCUCUAGCAAUGGGAAUGACCUUCUUCAUAUCACCAGUCUCCGGCAUCCUGACCGACUACAUAGGAAUAAGAAAAACCACCUUCUUCGGUGGAUUAAUAGCCUCGGGCGGAAUGUUACUCUCCUCCUUCUGCACACACAACGUAAACAUAUUUUGUUUCACCUUCGGAAUAAUGUACGGACUUGGAGGCGCUCUGGCUUACACACCAUCCCUAGCCGUGCUGGGUCAUUAUUUCAAAAACUAUUUGGGAAUAGUAAAUGGGAUUGUUACAGCAGGAAGUUCAGUUUUCACUAUAAUAAUGCCUUACAUAAUAAGAGAAUUGCUCAAGAAUUUCAAACUGGAAUGGACUUUGAGGGCUCUAGCGCUUAUAGCUAGCUUGAUAAUGGUGGUUGCAAUAUUAUUCAAGCCUGUGAAGAAAUCCAUAUCGAUAAAGAAAGUAUCUGUGAGAGAUGUUUUCAACAUAUCAGUGAUAACGAAUGUUAAAUAUCUAAUUUGGACGUCUGUGAUUGGUUUGUGCCUUUUUGGUUAUUUCGUGCCUUACGUCUACAUGAUUAAUUUCGUGAAGACAAAUUUUCCUAGUAACGUCGACGAAAAUUUGCCUGUGCUGUGUAUUGGAGUAACAUCUGGAGCAAGCAGAUUGAUAUUUGGUUAUCUAGUCGACAAAACCAAUGUUAACAAAAUAUUAUUGCAACAGUUGGCAUUUUUAACAUUAGGCAUUUUAACGAUUCUGUUAGCAUUUUCUGUCAACACAUUCCCGUUGCUUUUGUUCAUUUGCUUAGGAAUGGGCGUAACCGAUGGCUGUUUUAUCAGUUUACUAGGUCCUAUUGCAUUUGAAUUAUGCGGAAGAGACGGCGGAGCUCAAGCCAUAGGAUUUCUACUUGGAAUUUGCAGCAUCCCGCUCACACUUGGUCCAUAUGUUGCUGGACUGAUUUAUGAUUCACAAGGAACCUACACCUUGCCUUUUAUUUUAGCUGGAAUCAAUCCUGUAGUUGCUUCAUUUGGUCUGUUGGCUAUCAGGUGUAUCAAAGAAAAGUCGAGGACACGCUGCACCGAAAUGGAGUCGAAUUCCAAGACAGAUGAUGAUGAUUUUAGACUCUUUAUGGCGUAUUGUCUUGGAGACUGCCUGGAUAUGUCUCCACCUCCAGACGGUAUCCUUUUCAUGCCGCCACCUCCGGCUCCACUUUUCAUGUUUCCGGAUUUGGCCGUUCACAAUUCCACCAAUUGCUUUGCAACAGAAACGUGCGAUGCUGCCGCUGCUUUACUGAACAACCGAGGCAAUUUCAAAAACAUGGAUCGGAUCGAGUAUAUUGAGAUGCCAAGAAAAGAAAUGGACGCCAAGUGGAAUGUGUCUGGAAUAGGUGAUACUUGGCUGUUGGUCUUAGUAGGAUCUUCUAUAGGCGUUCUUCUUUUAGGAGCCUUACUUGCCAUGUUUUUGUUAAAGUGUCGAGAAAACUUGAUGUGCUAUGAACCUCCAGAAGACCAUUACGAAACAAUAGAAAAUCUGGCACCUCACCCACAAAUUCCCAUGAACGCUAACCACGUUGCAUAUUAUGGAUACCACAAAGAAUACGAAUACGAAGAUCCUACUCCGCUAAUUGAAAGCUACCAGCUGAAUGAUAUUGAAUUUGUUGGAGAUCAUCAGUAUCAAAUUAUUGGAGGUAACACCGAUAUGAGAUGUUCCAAUCUUGGAUACGAUCCACUCAAAAGACAAUUUCCGAUAAUGAAACCUAGAGUAUCGUCUCCGACAAGAAUUGAACAUCCGAACUUGCCUCCAUUGAACAUGUUCCCACGCAGUGCCAACAAUACUUUGAAGAAAAACGCACAAUGUUAUAGAACAAUGGAUCCAGGAAAGCUUCCUAAAUAUGGCCUCUAAGUUUGUUAUUUAUUUUGUUCCUUAUUAUUUGUUGAUUUUGAUAUGUUAUUGAUUGAUAUACUCCAUACUUAAUGUGUUUAGAUAUAAGUGCAAUCGCUGCACAAGCUCAUACCAAAAUAUUAAUCCGUAUUUUUUACUCUUCGUGUGCACCCUUGUAUUCGAUUAGAAUGAAAUAGUCAAGUGUCCGUGUCUUUAAUGUUCAAUUGCACCUAACAGUUUCUACAUAAGCUCAACCAAAUUAUUUAGGAUGUAGGUAGAGGGUUCCAGUGCAACUGAUCAUAAUAAUUAUUUAUAUACUUACUUAAUCGAUCCAAUAUAUUUAUGUAAAAUUUU